AUGAAGUGCAUAAAGAACGAGACAAGUAGGCAAGUAACAUUUUCAAAGAGAAGAAAUGGUUUGCUUAAGAAGACUUUUAAGCUUUCAGUUCUCUGUGAUGCUGAAGUCGCACUCAUCAUUUUCUCUACCAGAGGCAAGCUCUAUGAGUUCUCCAGCUCUAGUGUAAACAAAAUAGUGGAACGCUAUCAAAGGAAGGUCAAGGAUCUACAUAGCCUCAACACCAAACAAAUCCAAGAAAAUACACAGGUAAAGGAAGGUGAUGACAUCAACAUCACAAAGAAGCUAGAGCAACUAGAAGUUUCUAAAAGAAAGCUUUUGGGAGAUGGUUUGGAUUCAUGCCCCAUUGAAGAGUUACAACAGAUAGAGAAUCAGCUCGAACGAAGCUUAACCAAAGUUAGGGCAAGAAAGAACCAAUUGUUCAGGGAGCAAAUAGAGACGCUAAAGGAACAGGAAAAAUGCCUUCUUGAAGAAAAUAGAAAAUUGAAAGAGAAGGUAAUUAUCUUUCCUCAUGUACUUCAUAUUAUCCCCAAUUGA